GUGACAGAGUGAGAGACAGGCAUACACGGAGAGAGGCGGCAGAGGGAAUGAGAGGGAUAAAUAGACAAAGACAAGCAGAGUCAUGAAGACAGAUUCAGACAUACAAAAAGAAAGACAGAGACAGACAGAGAGAAAGAAAGACAAAAAGAGACUUUAAGAGCUAGACCGGUGAGAGUGUGAGAUAGACAGAGAGAAACUGGCAGCGAGAGAGAGAGAGAAUGAGGUAAGGAAGAGAAGGUGUAACAAUGAGAGGGGGUGGGUGAGGGUGAAAAGGAAAAACCUGUCAGGCGGGUUGACAUUGCAGAUGAAUAAUAGUAAAAUAUAAAAAGAAUGAGUGCAAGACAGUAGGAAAGGAAGUGUACUGAACACCUGCUGUGAUUGCCCUUAAAGUUGAUCCUGUAAUCCACCCUGUGCCUUUUCACUCAUUGCUUAAAGUCACACAGGGCUUUGAACAACGUAGGACUAUCUGACAAAGCCAGAAAGAGACGGAGAGACACAGGAUCAGACAAGGAAACCUGCCAAACACAGCACAACAUUUUGUUGAAGUGAAAGAAGCAAAGGCUAAAGCUAACCAAAUUUCCUGGGAAAAUAGAAACAUAAGCAAGAACAAAUGUUCCGAGAAAUAGAUAGCCAACUUCCAACACAUGCAGAUAUAAACAAUUCUGGGUACUAAGGACAUACUGUAAGAGAGCGGAUUUUUUUGGUGGUCUGUAUUAUUUGUGUAUCCUUUCUACUUGCUGGACAUUUUACUAACUUUACCUUAACAUUUUGGCCCUGCUAAAAAAGCAACACCUGCACUGUGACGAACUCUUUUGACAUUUUUUUCCCAUUAUUUAUUUAACGGAUUACUUAGAAAGAAUGCCACGUCGACACUUGGACACCCUUGACCACAUUGUUCAGAUUGAAUUACAUAGCUGACAAACUACCCACAAUCCGUAUGGACAUCCAAAACUAUUUAUGUGACAAAACUCUGGAAUAUGAGCACGUGAAGAAGUACUGAAAAGAACUUACAUUGUUUCCUCACAAUCAUGCUGUAAUGCCCACACUGUUCCACGCCAUUAGAAAUGAAUAUCUCUGCUGGAUCUACACAUGUGCCUGAACACUCUGUCUGUCAAUCAGAAGCAGUAUUGAGAGCUGGAAAUGGAGAAUCUUCACAAUAUCCUGAAGAACAGAACCAACGGCAUCCACAGCCAGCUGUUAGGUUCAAAGUCCGCUCUGCUAAAGAAAGAGAGCAGGCGCUCACCAAAGCCAGUAGUUUCAAGUUUGAGGCGUUUGAAAAAAACACCAGAGGCAUCAGAGAGAACAAUAAAGAGAUUCCCGGAGACCAAAAGAUUUCACCUCCAUCACCAGAUACUAAUGUUAUCGACAAACCAAAACCAAGAGCUCUGAGUCAGCUCAGCGUGACAAAGAAGUCAGGAUUAUCCAUCAGCUCUGAGGCGAGCAGUAGCACUCAAAAGAAGCCAGACAGUGUAGAGAGUCCCACUACCAAAGCGAGGGGAAGAACAGAUUCUAAACAAUCAUAUCUGUCCAACAGAAGUAAGAGCUUGGACUGGAGAGGAUCUAAUGUCCAGACGGAUGUUUUUAGGAAUUCUAAGGAGCCUGAGGAGAGAUCAACACGGCGUUCUGAGAGUUUGGAAAGAAAGGAUACAGCCAACUCCAACGAACUGAUUCGCCCAUUGAAAAAAGUAUCAUUACAAAUCCAACCAUUUAAAGGAUCCACAGCAUUAUCUGUAUCUUCACCUGUGAGAACGGUAGCUCUUGCCCCAUUUGUCCCAUCCAGAAUAAAAUCAUAUAAACCCCAGGAGAAGACAGGGGAAAUAAAAAAUCCCUGGCAUUCUGGAAAUAGUGGUACUAAGCCAGAUCAGGCAGAGCACCAUCCCACAAAGGGCAGUGAGAUCACUGGUAACCACACUGUAACAAGCAGUAGUAGUCAUAAUGUGUUCAAAAAUAACACUGAACCAAAUUCUGGAGCCUCGCUUGGAAUCAUCAGUCCCGCCCCUUUUAUCAGUUCCCAUGGCGCUGAUUUAAAUUCCAACUGCCAUAAGCCCACAAACAGCUUAUUGGAGGGAGGCUCAUCUUUUUCAUCUUUAAGCAAAGUAAAGCCAGUUUCAUAUAAACCAGAAAAGUUCAGUGCCUUCCCAAAAGCACAAUUUAAAAAAGAAGAAAUGAAUUUUACUGCCUUGGCAGAUACUUCCUCUGUUUUACCUGACGGAAAUGAUAACUUGACCACAAUCUCUAAAAGGUCUACUGAGAAGCCUAUUAGCCAAGACUCGACAUCUGUGGUGACUAACAGUAGUACACAUGAUGAAAAAAGACUGAAUGGGAACUUUAUAGGACUAGGAACUCAAUCCCUAGGUAGAACAAGAAACAGACAUUUUACAGCUCCGGUUUCAUAUUCAGCCCAUGGUCCGAGCAACAGUAAUAGUUUACAAAAAAUCUGUAAAAAAGAAAUAGAGAGGGAAGUAGAAAUAACAACUAGCAAUUCAAACCAGACGAAGGACAUGGAGAAUAUUCCAGGAAAACAACCACAUAGCUUACAGGAAGUGGUAAUUCCUCAGAACAAACCCCAAUCACCACAAAGUAUGGCAGUAGAUGGCGUAAAACAUCUUCAAGAACAUGGAUCUGGUUUGGAAUUUGGCUCUUUAGGAAAUCUAAACAAGAAGGCCGAGGUCCUGUUAGAGAAAGGCCCAAAACCAUCCGGAAAUUCAGUGCGAAACAAAAUUCACAAAUUUGAGGCUCUUGCUCUUAAAGGCCAAAGUCCAUCAUGGACUCAGCAUCCCAGAAGAGCUAUGUCAGUUCCAGAACAGACAAAAGCGAUGGCUAGUGUGAAUAAAACAUAUUCAGACAGGUCAUUGGGUGUAAGGUUGGGUGAGUGGAAUAGAGAGAAUCCUUUUAGUAAGAGCGAAGUCAGCAAUGAGGCAGGGAGUGGACAUGAUCAAACUGGACCUGGCAAGAUCACAAAACAAGAUAUAGAAGCAUCACCAGUGCAAAGCCAAAUCAGACGAAGUAUAAGUCUAAAAGUUGAGCAGACUUGGAAACGUCUGGAUGCAGUUCCAUCUGAUCAGAAGACUGAGGGUAAAUUUACUAAGAUGAAUAAGUACGCAGACGAGCCAGAUUUCUCCAAAGGUAGUAAUCCCAAAUCUUACCAAAAGCUUAAUAAUGUAGAUUUAACCGAAGAAAAAGUAAAAAAUUAUCUCAGUCCAACAAUGUUUGAUAAGUCUCAAAAAUCCAGUGGGAUCACUAAUGUAUCUCAGUCAGACCUCUCUCUUAAAUCAGAAACAAAAUUUGCAACAUCUACAAAAGAUAAACCGUCUCUAAAAGAAAGCACUCAUGGGUCACCACAUGUAGAUCCAUCCACCACAACAAAAUCAAAACUGUUAACAGGCAACAGCACUCAUUCUAAGUCACCAUCCAAUCUCCUUAGUGACUCAGAGGUAAUCCCUUCCAUCCAAGGUUUUUCUUCAACUUCAGGUGAUUUCAUCAAUAACUACAACACAAUAAAAGAUGAAAAAGUAGCUGAAAAAGUUCUUAGGUGGAUUAUGGACAAAGGGGUUGAUGAUGAGAAUGAUUAUGAUGAUGAUGAGGAUGAGGGAACAGAGCAAGGAUAUGACUCUGAUUCAGGGGAGUCAUCAGUAACCAUCACAAGCAAUGUGAGCAGUCGGAGUUUUUCUAUGAGUCUUGUAGAACUAUGCAGUCUUGGAGGGCUGGAUAUACCACCCUCGGAUGGAAGUGGGUCAAUGGAUGAUGAGAACUGGAUGUCCAAGCGUACAGUUUCCAUGAGCUCAGACGUUUCUGCUUUGUCCUCUGUGACGCUGCUGGGCAUGGACGAGCUGGAAUGCUUAUUAAAUGAUGUCAAGGGUUUGGAAGAUGAUACCUUAGAGAAUUAUGAGGAUGUGCAUGUGGUUGUCCUGCAUAAGGAAGCAGGAAAUAGCCUGGGCUUCACUGUGGCUGGAGGAGUGGAUCAGAAUAAACCUGUGACGGUUCACAAGAUCCUCCGUAAUGGUAUAGCAGCCCAGGAAGGCACCAUCCAUUUAGGUGACCAGGUGCUUUCCAUUAAUGGCAAUGCUCUACAGAACUCCACCCACAAGGAAGUGUUCAACACUAUGAAGAAAGCAAGGGGGCGGGCAAUGGCAGUGGUGGUUAUCCGACGAGGUGACGUCACUGAAACAAGCUACAGCUUAAAAGACAGUCCACAGAAAGAAGCUGGGACCCCAGGUCGAAUAAUGCAAGUGACUUUGAAUAAGUCCAGCUCUGACCUGGGAUUCAGCCUGGAAGGAGGAGUGGGCUCCAGUUUAGGGGACAAACCCCUCACUGUACAGCGGCUCUUUCAGGGUGGACCAGUUGGGAAGGUUUUCCCAGGAGAUGAACUGUUGGAGGUUGAAGGUCAGAGUUUGCAGGGUUUGAGGCGACUUGAGGUCUGGAAUCUGAUCAAGAGAUUGCCCCCUGGCCCUGUGGAGGUCUUACUGCAACGUCCUUAGUAGUGUUAAUGGCAACAUCUCCUUUGUAACAACUUAAAAUAUGGACUUAAAUGCUGUAUUUAGAUUUGAGUUAUUCUCAAAACUGCACACACUAGUAUUCACACAGACUUCAGCCUAAGCUGCAACGGGUAAGUAAUGUCUGAGUUGUUAAUGAUCCUGACCUUAUGUGAUUUUUUUGUUUUGUUUUUGUGUAAGAUAUAUAGUAGAGAUUUCUGUGUUGACCUGCACCAUAGUCUGACGUCUGUUACAACUGCUAUAUUUCUGACAAUGAUUUUGAGCUUACAGUAUGUAAAUGUACAGAAAAAGAUGCUGAACUGCAGGCAGUUUCAACAGUCAGAAGGGUCAGCUUAAAAAAUUAAACACGUGCAUAACAGUCAUGUGAAUAUACUUUCCAUGUAAAUAUCCACGUUGCUUUUGAGGUUCUGUCUCUCCAUAAAGUCCCAAGAGAAGAACAUAUGUUACCUUUAUACCAAAUUUGUAAUAAUCUUGUUACACAAUUAUACAUUGGUUUCUGGCAGAUUAUUCGCUCUUAUAUGUUUUAUGUAUCACUACUCCUAAGAGUAUGUAGUCAUGAAAUAAAUUAAAUCAUAACUAUAUUUCUGUAUAUAAUACAAUUUUCCAGAAGAUUACACCAGCGAUUGAAGUCUAUAAAACAAUUAAGAGAUCAUUUGUUUUAUCAAAUAUUUGUUAAUACAUUUUGUCUAAACAUGUUUACAUGUCACUAAGAAAUAUAUACAGGAUGUAUAAAAUAUAAAUAGAUAAGUUCUACAGUUUACAAUGUGGCCUAUGACUUAUGUCAUGUUUAUGCAAUGCCUAUAUUUAUACUGUUCUUAUUAAACAUUAAAAUAAAAUGGUU